ACUGGUGCGAGCUUUCGCGAUGCGUUGUCUGCAAACUUGCAGGGAGGUAAGACACUUCGGAAUCAAAUUGCUGGGAAUCGCGAAGAUGAUGACCACUCAGAAGGAGCUCGACUGCUGCUACGACUUCGCAUUGGAUCUGAUUAAAGAGUCUGGAAAGGUGAUCCGUGACGCUUUCCAAGGAUCUAAGAAAAUCGAAACAAAAGCUGGUGAUUGGGAUUUGGUGACGCAGUACGAUAAAAAAGUCGAGGCGAUUUUAAUCGACAACCUGGCAAAACAGUUCCCGACGCACAAGUUUAUCGGCGAGGAAACAGUGUCGUGUUCCAAUUCGCUACCGGAGCUUACGGAUGCGCCUACGUGGAUCAUCGAUCCGAUCGACGGGACAACGAAUUUUGUGCAUUCUUUUCCCCACACUUGCAUAUCAAUCGCACUAGCUGUGAAUAAGGAACUCGAGAUUGGAAUAAUCUACAAUCCUGUUUUGGAGCAAUUAUUCACAGCCAGGAAAGGCCAUGGGGCAUUUUUCAAUCAGAAACCAAUUAAGAGCUCGAACGUAGAAGAUGUUCAUCACUCCUUGCUCUGUCUGGAGGCCUCGUACGCGACCAUCGAGGAUAUUCGCGAUAUCGUUCUGGGAAGAUUGGAAGCCUUCGUCUCGGUGGCGCACGGAGUGAGGACUCUGGGUUCGGCGGCGUUGACUCUGUGCCACGUGGCCAUGGGAGCAGCCGAGGGCUACCAUUCCGACAAUCUGAUGCCCUGGGACGUGGCCGCCGGUGUUCUUAUCAUCAGAGAGGCCGGUGGCGUGGUGAUCGACACAGACGGUGGCGAAUUCAACGUUAUGGCACCGAAGGUGCUGGCCGUCGGCAACUGCAAGCUGGCGAAGGAUCUCGUCAAACUGAUAAAACACGCGGAUCUCAAAACCCAUCAGAGAAGACUAUUAUUGCAGACUGCGAAAUAACGUUUCCCGAGAUGUGCAACACACAACAACUUCGUUCAAUAUCUUUUUGCGUACAAGACGAAGAGAGUAUGUACAGUAUGUAAUUAACGAUUGUGAGCCC